AUGCUAUUGGAAGAACCUGAGUCGGCCUACUUCAACAAUAUUUCGCAUGAGUCUGAUGGCAGUGUAGAUGAAAGCAGCUACGGUUUAUAUUGUAGGAUAAAAAACAUCGACCUAACUUCUGGGACUAUCGAUGUCGACAAAGUGUGGAAAAUUUUAUCAAUUGAAGAGAAAAGGGAAUUUCAUCGGCAAUUAGUGACGGGUAGUAUCUAUUCCGCAGUUCCAGUUUGGACGCCGUGGUGGCAGUCAGCCGCAGAGGACCUCGUCACAUCCUUUCCUGAUGACUUUUUAAGUACUAAUGAAUCUAAAGAAGUCACAAUAAUGGCCAAACCCUUGUCGAAAUUGCUUUCUACCAAACCGCAUUCGUCUGUUGUCUUCUCACUAGCGGAGACCUUAUUAGGUUUUGUCUUUGUGUCAAGGUACUUCAAUGGCGAUAAUCUGUCUGACAUGUGCCUGGAUGCUUGCGACCUGCUAAUCAAAUUGGUUUCCUAUUUCCAAGGUCAAGUGGAUAAAAAAAACAACCCGAACACGACUCAGAUUGUCAGGAGCGGACCAACAAAACCGAUUAAUUUUACCAACUUUACAGAGGUUCUUGCUUCAUUCCAAUUGCGUCUUGCACACAAUCGCCUCACUUGCUCCCACGAGUUACUCCUACUCAUCACAGAUGACCUCUAUUGUCUUCUAAAAAGGCCUGAUGUGCUUCUGAACCGGGCUUUGUGCGACGCCGAGAAAAUGCUGUUACAGGUCAGGCCUAGAAAUGCCGAAAUUAUAUCUGCCCGUCGCAAGGUGGUAUUUCUUCGAGCCUGCACAGGAAACCUUGACGAUGCUUCGAAAGAAUGGUGUCGCACCUAUCUCCCGACACUUGCGCAAGAGGUCGAAAUUUCACUUUGCGAUCAAACAAUGCGAAUCGAGGCGGAGGGAUUACCAGAUAAUGGUCGAGGACCCACUAAACCGAUGGCGGCUGGUCCCAAUUGGCGCAAUAUAAUCCGAGAGGGCAGGCCCCAACCCAUUCCUUCAAUCGAACAGUUGAAUUCCCAACCCUUACACAUGGACGAAAGCCUGUAA